GAGUCAUUUCACGCGAUACGCCGUCCGAGUGAUCCCACGCGUUUCAGCUGUACCAUACCGAGCUCACUGACAAACUAUACUCCGACGAGUUUUGAAAUCCCCGCGAAAACUUUUACCUGGUGCUUUUUAAACUUUUUUAUUUUAUCACCUUUUAACUUUUUAAAUAUUAUAUUUUUUUAUCACUCGAGAACAUUUUUAUUUAAAUUCGUCAAUUAAAAACACGUGGACGAUUAGUCGCUACCGUGGAAAAUUUUUAAAUUUUAAUUACAUUAACGAAAACUAAAAAAAUAUAUAGAGUUUAUGUUUUAUUCAUUAGAAAAAUGUUAAUAAAUAAUAAUAAAAAUAAAACAGUUAAAUUAAAAUUGUGUAAAUUAUUAUCGUGUUAUUUAGUACGCGAUGUGGAAUUUAUUAAUCCGUCGAAACAUGAAAGCUUAUGCUGAUCAAUCGUGGAAUAAUUUUUAUCAAGAAUAUUUAUCAUCAGUAAUAUUAUUGCUGUUACUGUUACGUGUAGUGUGAUAUAUUUUUAAUUUAAUAAUCAUUAUUAAUAAUAAUAAUAAUAAUUAGUAAUAAUAAUAAUAAUAAUAAAUAAAAAAUAGUAAUAGAAAUUAGUGUUGUUGUCAUAUAUAAAUAUCAAACAGUGUUAGAGUGCGUGCGAAUGUCAAAUAAAAAUACAGAUAUAAAAUUAAACGGGGAACUAGUAGAACCCUCGAUUGUUGUUGGAUCCUCGUGUCUGACAAAGAUGAUAUUAUAUCUACUACUUGGGCUUUUGGUGAUGGAAACCCGCACGGCUCAAGGCCUGCUGUUUCGUGAUCACCGCGCGAACGAGCACAAUACCCUGAACGAUUGGCCGUACUACGACGAAAACGUACCGCGGAACGUAACAACAGCAAUCAGCCAAACGGCGUUUCUCCACUGCAGAGUUCAUCAGCGUGGCGACAAAGAGGUGUCGUGGAUGCGGCAACGUGACAUGCACAUAAUAAGCGCGGGAAUAUCGACGUACACAUCUGACCUGAGAUUUCAAGUCAUUCAUCCGGACAAGUCUGAGAAUUGGACACUGCAGAUAAAGUCGCCGCAGGAACGAGACUCGGGCGUCUACGAAUGCCAAGUCAGCACAGAACCGAAGAUGUCCCUCAACUAUACCCUCAACGUGGUCGAACCACGAGCAAAAAUAAUGGGACCCUCGGAUAUUUAUGUAAAAACAGGGAGUGUACUGACAUUAACCUGUCUGAUGUCUCAAGGACCCCAUGAUCUGGGAACAGUGGCGUGGUUUCGUGACAAUCAACCGGUCAUGACGUCUGCGAGAAGUGACAAUGACAUUGACCAGCAGCCGCGAAUUACUGUCGAGACUGAGUGGAGUGAAGCUCUUACAUCGAGAUUAAGGAUUUUCUCGGCAAAACUGAGCGACUCGGGAAAUUACAGCUGUGUGCCAACCGUCGCAAAAAGAGCCAGCGUAAACGUUCACGUUAUCAACGGUGAACAUCCUGCAGCGAUGCAACAUGGCAAUACUGCAGUCGGAAUGCCAACAUCCGGUGCCUACCUAUUGCUCGCACUUAUCAUCGGCCAGUUCAGAUAAUAUGAUGCACAAUGGAUUUACGAGGGAUUUACGUGUGUGAAAUUCAACGAUGCGUGAGUGUGUGGGAAUGUUAGAAAAAAAACAAAAAAUAUAUUACGAAAUUUGAUGAAUAAUUUCAAAAAUAUAAAU